UCCCACUAUUAUGCUUGAAAACAACAUCUACCACUAGAAAGAAACACACUUUCUACCCUUCCAUUGGUAUAUAUAAAGGGUAGCACAAUAGUAACCUCUUCAUUGGCUCAUUCACACAUCUCUUAUCACAAUAAACACUAUUUUCUUACCAUCAUUGUCUUGAACAUUUUUGCUACAAUGGCUUCAAGUUCAUCUUGGACAACAAAACAGAACAAAAAAUUUGAGAAUGCUUUGGCCAUCUAUGACAAGGACACCCCAGAUAGGUGGCAGAAGCUAGCAAAGGCUGUUGGAGGAAAAACAGUGGAGGAAGUGAAAAGACAUUAUGAGAUGUUGGUUGAAGAUUUGAAGCAGAUUGAAGAAGGUCAUGUUCCAUUACCAAAAUACAGAAAUGCUCCAACAAUAGGAGGAGGUAGCAUUAAAAGUUACACUUUCACAGAUGAACAACAAAGGAUCAACACCCAGGGACGAUAAUCGCGAAGGGGUCUAAAGUUGGACGUCUCUUUCCACUCAAUUUAUCUUUGUUUUCAAGUCUUUCUUUACCUUCUAUUUUGUGCAGUUCUGCAACCAUUGAUUAUCCAGUGUGGCAUAAGCGUCUUGGACAUCCAAAUUUCAAUGUACUUCAUGACAUGCUAAAAUCUGGUUUUCUUGGAAAUAAGCACACUUCAUCUCUCGAUGUUACUCAUUUUGGCUGCAUUCCUUGUAAGCUUGGCAAAAGUAAAAUCCUUCCUUUCCUAACAUAUCAACCGAAUGUAACACAACAUUUUGAUAUUAUCCAUAAUGAUGUUU